GGGUACAUAAGCACCAGAUCCACCCCUCUUUCUCUCUCUCUCUCGUGGACUUUGGUUUCUCCGUUUAUCAAUAAUGGCACCGGCAGCAGCAACAGCGGCGUCGAGAGGAUGGGUGAGAAACCUUCCAUCAAUAGCAUCUCGUAUCUACUUCUUCCUUGUCAUUCUUCAGGUCCCCCUUUUCAGGAUCCCAUGCAGAUCUGGAAUGUGUUCGACACCGAUUCAUGUGACAUCGUCUCAAUUGAUUGCAAGUGAGAUAUUUCCAGCUCCUGUAGUGAAAGCUCUUCUUUAUCCUGGAGCCAUUGCAAAUGGUCUUGUUAGGAACAUGACUGUUCCAAGCUGGAACAGCCUUUUAGAUAUCUAUAACUUGACCAAUGCUAAAGAAGCCCCUGCUGUCACUGAUCUCCAGCGCUUAGAGGUUCUUGCAGGAAGCUAUUUUUCUGUGGCAGGAGCACUUGUGGGCAUUUUGAAACCUGGGAGAAUGAGCAUGUUUGGAACACUCUUGGUGAUUUGGGGCCUUGUCAAGGAGGGCAUUCUAGGAAAGCCGAUUAAUACUGAUCCUUCUAAAGCAGUCUACGUCUAUCCAACAAUGGUGCUUGCAGUGAUCUGCGCAUUCUCAUCCGUUAAGUAUGACGCGAAGAAGGUUGUGAGAAGUGCCCCCGCUCGGCCUAUUGCAAAGCCUCUGCAGAGCUCCUCAAAAUCUAAGCUGAAAUGAGUUAAACGAACACCUUUGUAUUAAUUUUUUCUUUUCUUUUGGUUAGAGCUUCCUAUGAAGGAUGAGUCUAAUAUGUGUUACUGCUGAAAUCAUUUUUCAACACGUAAACUACUUCUGAUAUAAUUGAAGUUCACUGAUAUGUUGAUUAGGGACUGAGGUCUAGAAGAUGAAGAUGAUUUUCAAUCUUAUGGAGAUGUUUAUAGAGGAAAUGGAAAAAUAUUUCUUUGAGCUUCCA